UCGAGUCUCGACUCUUUACCGGUGGCGAAAGCGAGUCAGUUUCUAUCUCCAUGGCUUCAUCUCCGGCGGCCGUCAGGGAACUCCAGCAGGAUCUCGAGAGUCAGGCCAACGCCCUCAGCAAGAUCCAAAAAGACAUCGCCAAGAAUCACCAAGUCCGGAAGCAGUACACCAUCCAGCUCGGCGAGAACGAACUUGUCCUCACGGAAUUGGAACUAUUGAAUGAGAAUUCCAACGUGUACAAGCUGAUCGGACCUGUGCUCGUGAAGCAGGAUAUAGCGGAGGCUAACGCCAACGUGCGCAAAAGGAUCGAAUACAUCUCGGUUGAACUUAAGCGGCUCGAUGGGACACUUCAGGAUUCAGAAGACAAGCAGAACAGCAAGAAGGAAUCGGUCUUACAAUUACAACAGAAGAUUCAAACUCUGCAGGCUGGAAAAUCCAAAUCCUAGCUUCAUUUUGUCAGGACUGUCCAGUCAUUCUACUUGCAUUCAUCCAGUGGUAUUCCUCGAUGCUUUUCCCAGUGAAAAUUUUCUUACCAUGUUAAUGAAGAAGUUUUCAGGAUGGAGUGUUGUGUUUGUGUGAUUAUUUGUAUUGUGAUGUUUGUCUCUUGGAAGAUGAUAAGAUGCCCAAAAGUGAACCAUAGCACAUUUAGUAAAUAUUGGCCAGAGUUCUCAUUUUA